GCAACCCGGAAAAAAUGGCGGAAACUCUGCAUGAAGAUUCUUCCGAUCCCUGGAAAUAUUUCAUCCUUAUGAGUAAGUCCCUGUUACUAUUCAUCGACGGCGGGAUUACCAAGUCAUUUGGGGUCCUCAUCCCCGACGUCGUUGUCCGGUACGACAGCGACUACAAGACUGCAGCCUUUGUUUUGAGUCUUCCCAGCACGAUUAUGUAUUUCGCUGUUCCCAUCACGAUGUUACUGGUGAAAUUGACAACACCCCGGACAAUGGGGAUGGUCGGUGGACUAUUAUGUGCCCUUCCAAUAAUAUGCGCCCCUUGGGCUCCAUCUAUCCAUAUUCUUGGUAUAAUGCUCUCUGUUACAGGUUUCGGCAUGGCUCUGACGUUGUAUCCAUUACUGCUGUAUCUCAACGUCUACUUUUCCAAGUCCUUCAUCUUUUCAAACGCGCUGACCUUCUUCGGGUGGACGUGUGGUGCUUUCCUAAUUCCUAUCAUCGUUGAGAGGUCUCUAGAAGCCUACGGAUACACUGGUAGCUUUCUCAUCCUCGGUGGUAUCGCUUCCCAUUCCAUGGUUUGUGGUGCUGUCGUCAGACCACCUCGAGACAGGAGAAGACACGACUGCGAAAAAUCCACAGACGAUGGGGAAAAAGAUCCACUGUUGCUUGAUACUCCAACGUCUGAGCCAGUCGACAAACAUGGAGAUCAACACCAUCACCAACCAGGAAACGUUGAGAGUGAGACAUCAAAAGUUUUGUCAGCGCAGCUGUCGGGGCAAAACUCGCAAUCAUAUAAUGAAAUGAAGUCAUCAGAUGGCAAAAGUUCUUGGUGUUCAUGUGCUUCAUUCACGAACAAACUGAAAUCAGUCGUGUUCUUACAAGAGCCCCUCUACACCCUUGUUGCUCCCGCUACAAUCCUGCAAUAUUUCGCGAUGGCAGGCUGGAUGCUGUUUCUUGUACCCCAUGCGGUAGGAGCCGGAAUCGACAGAUCGAAUGCUGUCUUUCUGUCAACUAUUGCAGGUAUUAGCGGGAUAUUCGGUCGCAUCCUGUACCUGGUGCUUUUGCACUUCGACUAUGACAACACAGUUAUUUUCUGUAUCGCUUGCAUGAUAAGUGCUUGCACGUUCUUCAUCGAUUUUGUCAGUUCAAGCUACAUUUUCCUAGCAGCAAUGGCUGGCGUUCAAGGUGUUACCUUGUUCAUAUUAGACUCCCUUCCACAUGCGAUGAUGAAGCUUUCAAUUCGGAACGAAGAAAAUUUUCCCGGAGCACUUGCAGCAACUCCUUUCCUAGGCGGAGCAGGUAUUGCAACGGGAGACUACGUAUCUGGUUAUAUCUACGACGUCACAUCAUCGUUCACAACUUUGUUUACGCUUUACGGGAUGCUUCAUGUCAUCAUUACAAUCAAUCUGGUCAUAUUCAAGUUGAUUAGUCAACAACGCAGGACUAGUGAAUAAAAAGAACAGUAAAAAUCUGCAGCGGUGGUGGGGUGGAUCAAUCUACAGAUAAGUUUGUUAAUGGGCUGGUCAGAUAUUCUUACAUUUUUCAAUUUUUUUUAUAAUAGAUAAUAAAUACGUACAUAUCGUUCAGAAGGCUGUUAGUGCUAGUGCACUAAAUGCCAUUAUUUUCAGUUGCUCCAUUUUCCAACUGUAUGCCACUAGUGUACAAGUAUAUACGAUAUUUUUCAAAAAUUGAAAUAUCAUCACGUGUUUUAAGAAAAUUGUACAAAAAGAAAUGAUAUGUUCGUCACUUUCUCCCUCUCCCAUUCUAGGCUUGUCAGGCCUGCUUGUACAUAGGUCUCAGAAUUUGUUACUGUUUUGUCACUUUCGUUACAAAAAUAUACGUCAUGCACUAUAACGUCAUGCUUCGUUUCCACAUGAUACGUGUAGGCCUUGCCUUAUCAGAUCUUUACGAUUGUGACAAAAUUUAUAAUUUCUUUUCAACACACAUUCACUGCCCUUCGUAUGUCAGUAUCAGUCACUCUUUGGACAGGUCACAUUCGCUACACAAUAAAUGUCACUAUCAUUUGCCUUUCUUAACAUGACCAGUAUUUAUUGUCAUGGUUGUGAAAGAACUUGGGAUUUCCUUUCAUCACACAUCCAAACACGCAGAUAGUGCACAUAUCCGUGACAUCUUUUUCUUUUAUCAUAUGAUCUCUAUUCCAUCAAAUUUCGACACUCGAAUUAUAGAAUAGUGCAUUAUUUCGAUGCAUAACAUAAACAAAAACACAACAUAGAUAUCGUUUGACUAUAAUUAGAACGUGGUAAUGAAUUAUAUCUCCAAAAGAAUAACACUCUUCUAGUAUACCUUCUUUUGAAUUAUACGAAUUUGUUACUUAGAAAAAUAUAAGACCAAACAGAUUGAUAAGAGUUGAAAAUCGAUAUUAUUUUCUAACUGAAGCAUGUGUAAUGAUUUGAUAUAUUAUUGAAUAUUUGAAAAUUGAAAUAAAUUAA